CUGCCCCUCUCUCUCUCUUCGUUCGCUUCACUGCCCCCCUCUCUCUCUCUUUCUCUCUCUCUCCUCGAGCUGAGCUCAACUCGAACAAGAGCAUUGCGGUUCACACAGAGGAGGGCAGAGGAGAGAGAAAGAUAGAGAGAGAGAGAGAGGAGGAGGAGGAGGAGAGAGAGAGCUCUGUAUAUUCAGGGUCAUUGAGGAGAUUUGUAUCUACUUAUGGAGAUUGUAGAUUCUGCGAUCUGAGAAAUUCGGGAGCUCUGCUUAUCUUUUUCUCUUCCUGUCUUGUCUUUUUUGUUUGUUUUUUUGUUUUUUUGGGUCUCCCUCUUCUCAGCUGCUGCUGCUUGCUGCAGCUGCUGCAGCAAUCAUCAUCAUGACUUCUUGAUUCGUAGAUGAUAGGUGAAGAAGAAGAAGAAGAAAGGGGGGGUUUUUCUCUUUCUCUGUUCUCUUUCCUAGCUCUCUGCUCCUUACCCAGAAAGCCGUUCGUUCUCUCUCUCGGGCCGGAAUUUGCUCAGCGUCUGUCUUUUCCUCUCUCCGUUCAGAUCUAAUCGGAAUCGGGAAGAUAUGUGAGGGGGGGUCUUCUGGGUUUUGUCCGUCGCCAUUUCCUCUCGAGCCUCGCGCGGUUUUAAGCGUUUAGAUCUGGGUUUUUCUUAGCUGGGUAGGUUUGGAUUCAGUUCGCAGGUUGUAGUAGCUUAAUCUCUGUACAUUUGUUUUUUUUUUUUUUUUUUUUUUUUUUUUUUUUUUUUUUUUUUUUUUUUGUCUCCGAGCUAUUUGGUUCUUUUGGGGCGAAGGGUUGUGUUGGGAUUAGGUUGUUUUUGCCGCCCCCCGGCUGUUUUUUUCGUUAGGGUUUCUGUUCUUUUUUCUUCUUUCUUCCUGCGGGAGGGAUGGAUUGAGGGCUCAUUUCGUUUGAAAGUUGGGAUUUUUUUCCUGGGCAGUCGUGGGAAUUGGAUUUGUCACUUGGGUAAGGGAAGAUGAAUUAUUUUCCCGAUGAAGUUAUCGAUCACGUGUUCGACUUUGUGACGUCGAACAGGGACCGCAACGUGAUCUCUUUAGUGUGUAAAUCUUGGUAUAGGAUCGAGAGGCUUAGCAGGCAGAGAGUGUUUAUCGGGAACUGCUACGCGAUAAGUCCUGAGAGAUUGAUCGCGAGAUUCCCGGGGGUAAGGUCGCUCACUUUGAAGGGGAAGCCCCAUUUCGCUGACUUCAAUCUAGUGCCACCUGACUGGGGAGGGUUCGUGUACCCUUGGAUCGAUGCAUUGGCUAGGAGUAAGGUUAAUUUGGAGGAGCUCAGGUUGAAGAGGAUGGUGGUUACAGAUGAUGGUCUUGAGCUGAUUUCGAGAUCGUUUGUAAAUUUCAAGUCCUUGGUUCUUGUUAGCUGCGAAGGGUUCACUACUGAUGGCCUUGCGGCUAUAGCAGCCAACUGUAGGUUUCUUAGGGAGCUGGACUUGCAAGAAAAUGAAGUUGAGGAUCAUAGAGGCCAGUGGCUAAACUGCUUUCCUGAUAGCUGCACCUCUCUUGUGUCCCUAAAUUUUGCAUGCUUAAAAGGAGAUAUAAAUUUAGCAGCACUUGAGAGGCUUGUGGCAAGAUCUCCAUAUCUCAAGAGCUUGAGGCUAAGCCGUGCUGUCCCUCUUGACACGCUGCAGAAGAUCCUGGUCCGAGCACCUCAGUUGGUGGACUUAGGCGUGGGCUCUUUUGUCCAUGACCCAGAUUCUGAAACCUACAACAAGUUGGUGACAGCAAUUGAAAAAUGCAAAUCUAUGAGGAGCUUAUCCGGAUUCUUGGAGGUUUCUGCGUACUGCCUACCAGCUAUUUAUCCAAUAUGUUCAGGCCUGACCUCCUUGAAUCUUAGUUAUGCUCCUGGGAUCCCUGGAAGUGAGCUAACUAAGUUAAUCCGUCAUUGCAGAAAGCUGCAGCGCUUAUGGAUACUUGACUGCAUAGGAGAUAAAGGGCUGGGAGUCGUGGCUUCAAGCUGCAAAGAACUACAGGAAUUGAGGGUUUUUCCGUCUGAUCCUUACGGAGUUGGAAAUGCUGCAGUGACCGAAGAAGGGUUGGUUGCUAUUUCCAGAGGUUGUCCAAAGCUUAACUCAUUGCUGUACUUCUGCCAGCAGAUGACAAAUGCUGCCCUGAAAAUUGUAGCCCAGAACUGCCCUAAUUUCAUACGGUUCAGGUUGUGCAUCCUCGAGCCCACAAAACCGGAUUCUUCAACCAAUCAGCCUCUUGACGAAGGAUUCGGAGCUAUUGUUCAGUCAUGCAAGGGUGUCAGGCGCUUGUCACUUUCUGGCCUUCUUACUGACCAGGUCUUCAAUUAUAUUGGCACAUUCGCUGAACAGCUUGAGAUGCUUUCUAUUGCAUUUGCUGGGGACAACGACAAGGGAAUGCUUUAUGUGUUAAAUGGGUGCAAGAAGAUUCGGAAAUUGGAAAUCAGGGAUUGCCCCUUUGGUAACAUCGCACUUCUGACGGACGUGGGAAAGUAUGAAACAAUGCGAUCCCUUUGGAUGUCGUCGUGCGAUAUUACCCUUGGAGGCUGCAAAACCCUGGCAAAGAAGAUGCCGAGGCUGAACGUGGAGAUUAUCAAUGAAAACAAUGAGAUGGAGGAUUGCAUUGAUGAUGAGCAGAAAGUAGAAAGGAUGUACCUCUACAGAACCUUGGUGGGGCCGAGGAAGGAUGCACCAGAGCAUGUUUGGACAUUGUAGGGUUCCCCUGAGGUUCAUUGCCAUGGCUUUGCCUCAAAAUCUCCUGUUGUACCAUCAUUGUACCUCGUUUAGGCUCGUAAUUUGUGGAUUUUUAGUUGUAUGGUGAUUUUUUAUUUUAUUCAGAAGAGAUUCUAAUGUGCUUCUAGUUAUAAAUAGAUUUUUCUUUAGCACGAUGAAUUCAAAGAUGCUAAGUCUUCAUGCUGGUUGGUGAGGCAGGGUGCAGUUUUCUGUGAUAUUACUGGUUUGGAAUAAACUUUUAGGUCAUUGUUUUAGGUGUAAUGAAAGUUCAGUGGAAACGUGUUCUAGUAUAAAGGGAAA